UGCCGAAUCUUCGGACGAUCUGCUGUCCCAGUUAACCAACUUUCGACAAAACCCUCUCAGCUGUAAAAAUUUGACCCGCAUUUCCAAAUGAAUUGGUGCGAUGCAGGAAACGUUUGAGUAGUGAUUGCGAAAGUACGCUUUUGUUUCCGACACAGACCCAGAACCGAAGAAAUAUCGAUAAAAUGGAGAUCUUGAUAUCAUUUGAGAGACUCGUGGCCUUGGUAUUGGUGUGCUUGGAGAAUCUCAUACACGGUGCUGUCGUGUUCGGCUGGCCAUCACUAGUCUUUGUUUAUCUACAGCUUGGCUAUUUUCAUGACCUCUGCAGCGAGAGCAGUGAAAAUACAUUAACUUCCAAUGACUUCAGCCUUAUCAGUACCACCACCGCUACUGCUGACGGUCUCGGUAUGGAAGAAGGCCUCAUGUCGUGUCCGGAACAGGAGAGUCGUCUUCAGCUGGUGUUCUCGAUUGCUGUUGCACUUCAGGCAACCUGCAUGUUUCCUGUUGGGUUCCUUUUUGAUCGUUUCGGUACCAGAUUAUCUCGACUUGUCAUGAGUAUUCUGCUUCUGAUUGGUUACGUUUUGAUGGCGCUCAGCUCUCCAACGUACCCCAUUCUUGUGUUUCCUGGAACCAUCUUCUUCACCAUCGGUGGGGUCAUCAUGCUAUUCUCUUCUAUGCAGGUUGGGAAUCUUUUCGGAAAAAAGAAGUCUACAGUUAUUACAAUAAUCAAUGCUAUGUACGGAGCAGCUAUCAUCAUGCUUGUUAUUGCAAAGAGGGCGCACGACUCAGGGUUUUCCAUUAACAUCUUCUUCUUCAUUAUGGCCGCGUCAGUGAUUAUUCUAAACAUCAACACCUACCUAUUUCUUCCAACCAAGUACAUUCCCUGGCCUCUUUCAGAGGGAUACCGACUGGUAACCUGCAAUACAACAAGGGCCACAUUUGAGGUGAAAGACCUAGAAGGUACCUACAACAGAGGGUACGUCGGUAACCCUGAAUCGGAGAUAACAGGUGCGAGUGGUAGUUACAGACUCAAUGGAGUGAACUCCGCCAGCGAAGAUGUCGGCAGAGAGACCGACAGAUCUCAGGAAGAAUCAGUCAAACCAGAAUACGAUAUCUCUGAUGUCGAAGAGCGAAAGAUCAAAGAAUACGGAAGCCUCAGCUCAUGUAUUGUGUCGACUCCGUUUAUUUUGUUGUUUAUCUGGCAGGCGUUUCUUGAGAUUGACAUGGUCUUCACUAUUGGAACCCUGACGUUCUUCUUAACAAGAUUGUCCAACGGCGAUGAGGAAUUGGUGAGCUGGUACACAGACGUUUUUUCUAUCAUUCGAUUUUUCGUCGUGAUAGUCGGUCCCCUUGGCGGUCUUCUGAUGGACAGGAACAAACUCUCGACUUCAUGCUGUCUUACAAGACAAUCUAAAACCAGAGGCCCAUACGCUGACAUGCGAGAUAGCUGUCUUCCUCUGGCGAUCACUUCAUUUGCUUCCAUUAGUUACACCGUCUGUCUUCUUAUUCCAAGUCUUCAACUCCAGUAUCUAAGCUUUAUUUUCAUCCUAAUUGUUGGAUCUCUGCUCUUUGGCGUCGGUUCUGCUGUCGUUGCCGUGGUAUUUCCAAUGAAGUAUUUCACGAGUGUGUACGGCGCCAUGCGAACCAUGAGUGGAUUCUUUACCUUCCUCCAAUACCCAAUCUUCAUCUUACUCCAGAAUUAUCUUAAUGAUGACCCUCUCUGGGUAUUCGUAGCAUUCAUCGUGGCUGAUGUGAUUACACUGGUCCUACCGGCUACACUAUACUUCCUUAGUAGGUCGAGAUCAAAAAGCCAAAAUGAGAACUAAAUAUCUCUUCAACCAUAUGAAGACCAUAGUAAUGAGUACAUGCAAGCACUGAUGUAGGCAUGUGUAUAUCCCAAGGGCAGUAUUUCUUGUUCCUGAUGUUAUCCUCAAAAUUAUAAGAUAAAUAUUUCAAUUGGUGAGUAAAUAAUGUAUAUGAAAAGUUUAGAACUGUCAUGACUGUAUUCAUAUUUUUCUUGCCCCUUUUCCCUUUCCUUUAAUAUAUUUGUUAAACUCUCUGAUUAUUUCAUAAUUGAAACAAGAUUGCUGGUGCAACGGUUUCAAGUUCUGGGGUUUUUUUUCUAUGGAAAUCAUAUAUCUUUUGCUUUUUUAAGUCUAAUAAAUUAAGUGGAUGCAUAAAGUAAUAAAUGCAUGAACAAAAAAUGGAUGUUCAGUCUUCAUGCGUUAUUACUGCAGGGAUGCAUUUAUUUCGUCAAUGUAGAAUAUUGAAGAAAAAAGUAUAGAAUGUGUAUAAACUUGUAAUGUCUUCCCGCCCUUGACAUGCACGGAAAAAGAAUCGUAAUUUUAAUGAUGAAUCCAGUGAAAAAUAAGGCCAAUUACAAAUUUCUAGCACGUGUGAAACCAAACUAGAAUCACGAACGCUAAUCACAAUCACGAAUUCAAAUUCUCCUCUAAAGGUGAAUUUAAGGGCCUUUUCACACGUGAAUCUUGAAUCAUUAUUGCAAUGAUGACUGCUGUUGUAAUCAUAGCCUCUUGUCGAGGCCCUGUCGGCUGCUUUCCGAGCGAACAUGGCAAAGCACGAGAGAGAGCGAAGCAGAGCGCCGCGAGACAGGGCCUCUGGACAUCUGUACCGAAUUUCACCGACUUUCUUUUGUUUUUUAUUGUUUUUACCAAUUCACCGACCAAAAACUGGUCGGUGAAAAUCAUCCAAUGAGAGCGCGAGCUGCUAUGACGUCAUAUUAAAUAUUCAUGAGCUCAUCUUGAAUGGCGACCCUUGGAUUCUUGGCGAAGAGUGACGACGAAAUAUCAAAGAGCACUGAAUAUGCCUCUAAAAUGCUGAAUAUUGACCGAUUUAAGGAUUUGCAAGUCGAUGAAAUUAACUCUGCACUGAAAGGACGAGAUGUCUUUGUAAAUCUACCCACAGGAUAUGGAAAAAAAAAGUAAUAUUUCAUGCGAUUCCACCGGUCGAUCCGGGGCGUCGAUUAUCGAUCUCCGCUGUGCAGUGCAGUGAGGGAAGCUGGAGUGGAGUUGCUGGGAGUUGACUCGAGUCUGACCAGCGGCUGAGCAGUAUCUCCCGGGAAGUUUCGGGGCGGUGAUGGGUCUGUUACGGCCAGUAGUAAUAGUAGUAGUAGUAGUAGUACCACUACUUGUAGCAUUUUGCUGGUUAUAUCCCCUUUAGUGUCCCGCGAUUAAAUGAAUCCCCUGCAGAAUAGUGUACUACUAUAUAGUAUUCCGAUCCCAAGACGAAACAGCUCUGACAUUUCAUUGGUUUACUCGGUGACCGGUAAUAUCAUGACUCAUGUAUAUUCAUUAGGAAGACGUUCCUCAUGAAUAUAUAAUUCAGUUCAGAUGUCAAGAGGCCCUGGCUCGCGCCAGGCCUAAUUCGCUUUGCGAAUUAGGAAAGCCCUCGCUUCGCUCGGGAAGCAGCUGCCAGGGCCUCGACAAGAGGCUAUUGUAAUCAUGACUGUAAUCAGCGUUCGUGAUUCUAGUCAUGUUCUAGUUUGGUUUCACACGUGCUUAAUAUUCGUCAUUGGCUUUAUUUUUCUCUGGAAUCAUCAUUCAAAUUACGAAUUUUUUUUACCGUGUGAAAGGGCGGCCAGUUAAGUUUCAGUCAAAUUACGGUACAAAUUUUUACGUGUGAAAGGAUUGGCCUUCAAAACAUCUUCUGAGGGGCGGAGCUUACGUGUCUUUUCAAGCACUUCUGUAUAAUUGGAAUGCACUCAUCAUUUUGAUGUAGUGCUUUGAUUAACAAAUCACCAAUGACACAUACUGCCUUUGCUCGGGAAUUUGAAUUAAAAUCACAGUUUUCGAGUGAGCAUCCACCCUUUCACACGGUAAAAAAAUAUCGUAAUUUGAAUGAUGACUCCAGUGAAAAAUAAGACUGAUGACGAAUAUUUAGCACAUGUGAAACCAAACUAGGACGUGAUAAGAAUCACGAACCCUAAUCACACUCACGAUUAUAAUAGCAAUCAGCAUUAAUGAUGAUUCAAGAUUCACGUGUGAAAAUGCACCAUGAGAAAGGUCUGAUAAUUCUAAAGACGAACUGCGAUCAUCAGUACAAUGAUGAUUCAAGAUUCACGUGUGAAAAGGCCCUUCUUUUGAAUAAAAAAAACGAUAAUAGAGGCGGGUUUUUAGAUUAACGCCUGAAUAAAAUUAAAUAUACCCCCAUGUUUUCAUAAUACGCAUGGGGUCUUCUCAACAGUUUUUGCUAUCAAUUCUAAAGCCCCAGUCACAUAUAGACCCCGGACCACCCCGGACCGUCCCGGAUCUGAUCCGGGGUGGUCCGGGGAGAGAUCCGUGUUGGCGCCUUGGGCAUCCUUGGAGGUCCGGGGUGGUCCGUGUUGGUCCUUGAACGUCCGGGAGGCCAACACGGCAGUUUUUGACUGUCAAAAACAUCCGGCGUCAUCCGUGGACUGCCGGGUUGGCAAAGCCAUCCGGGAUGGUCCAUGUAGCUGCCGUGUAGGUCCGUGUGGCUGCCGUGUAGGUCCGUGUAGCUGCCGUGUAGGUCCGUGUGGCUGCCUGGAGUAUCCUUGGCAGUCCGUGUUCUUUUUCCCCAUCAAAUCUUUACAACGCUAUUUACUUUAUGAACUUUUCAGUUGUUGUUAAACAGUUGGCACAAACAUGCUUAAUUUAUUUAUGAUUAAAUGGAUAAUUGAAUAAUUCAGGAUACUUUCUUACGCUGUGGAGAUUGGCCCCAACCUAAUAUUUGUAAACUUAGUGCAUGUAUUAAUAAUUCUUUUUCUCUUUUUUUCUCUAAUAUUUACCCCCAACUUUGUCUGUUAUUAUUAUUUCACAUUUCAUUGUUUUUUUAUGUUAUAUGUAUUUGUUAUGUACCUGUUACAUCGAAAUUGUACAUUAAGUUUCAUACUACUGCCCUGCAUCGACAGUUAUGCGUCAUGACCUGGGCCUAUUUUAAUUCGUAUUAUGUUUUCUAUUGACUUUGUAAAUUUCUUUCCUUUAUUCUGAUUUCAAUAAAGUGAUAUCAAAUCAAAUCAAAAUUAAAUUUGUCAUUCAAGAUUUAAAGUACUCAACAACUACUGUUAAAACAGUAAACUGUGUUGUAUUAAAAAAAACAGCGUUUUUACUGAUUAAGGAAGUUUUGAGUUUUGAUAUCUUUUUUUAAAAACAACAUAAUAUAAUGUUGCGACAAGGAUGAGAAAAAAUAAAAAAUAAAAUAAAUAUAAGCUCAUUAUUAUGAGCAGAUUUUCAUUUGACGUGCUGGUCAAUAUAGCUGCCGUGUUGGUCCUUGAGCUGAC